AGGCGGCCCCGGGGAGGCGCUCGCGCCGGCGGCCGGGGCUCUACGAGGCGACAAGGCGGCAGGUAAGCGGCGGUAGAGCGGGUGGACGCGGCCCGGAGAGGAGCGGUCCGCCGGGCGACCGGCGAGGGACGGGUCGCGGGGACGCGGGGACGCGGGGCAAGGACGGAGGGCCGGACCUUUGUCCCUUGGGCCCGCGAGCUGGCGCCUGCGACGCCCUCUGACCCCGGCCGCGUUCGGACUUUCUGCACUGGCUAAUCAAGAGUGAAAAACCUGAAGAGAUGCAGGCAGGAAAACGGAAUUAAACUAGGCCUGAGGAGCGAUGCAACAGGCAUGAUGGAAGUCGAGUCCUCCUAUUCGGACUUCAUCUCCUGCGACCGGACAGGCCGUCGGAAUGCAGUCCCUGACAUCCAGGGUGACUCAGAGGCCGUGAGCGUGCGGAAGCUCGCUGGAGACAUGGGCGAGCUUGCACUUGAGGGAGCAGAAGGACAGGCAGAGGGAAGUACCCCAGAGAAGGAGGCCAGCGGCCAGCCUGAGAGCAGUGAUGCGAACACCUCGUCCUGAGUCUGCCUGUGGUCCUAAGGCUGAAGAGACCCGCUGUACUUCCUGGACUGGAGCCCUGGCCAGCCAGGCCGACUGAGAGCCUCAUGGAGUCCUCUGUGGCCCCCACUCCAGCAAAGUCCUCUACCCACACCACAGGCUCCACUCUUCUCCACCUCCCCACGGUGCCCAGGUACACUUUGAAGACACUAGCACCACAAGAUGUUAUUUAUUCAGCUAGGCGGGGCUCGAGCCAGGCCCUGCCCCUAGGUGAGCAGCUGCCACCUGGACAGGGACUGCCCUGUCGCCACUCACCCUCCAGCCAGCCGUCUGUCGGGAAGAUCUUCCUAGCCCUUUUUUAAAGCCUCUUUUACAUUUUUUAAAAACAUAACUUUUUCAGAGAGAAGGGAGCUGACAAUCACUUUUCUUCUGUUUUGGUUUUGGGUUUUGUUUUUGUUUUGAAAGCCGUCUUAAGCUCAGUUCUGAUGAUCUAUGCAGCUCUAAGUUUCCUCAUGGAGCCUCACAGAUCCAGUUUUGGGAAAGGAUUUGGACUCAAAACUAACUGACCAAUUCUUUGCCCUUUGUACCAAGAGACUGAUACUUAGGCCCAGGAAAUAAAUGCUGGUGGUUUGUG